AUACCGCAAAUUAUAAUGUUGACGUUCGAUGGUGCCGUUAACUUGAAUAAUUAUGAUCACUAUCAGAAAAUAUUCAAUGGCAAGCGCAAGAAUCCCAAUGGCUGCAACAUACGUGGCACAUUCUUCCUAUCCCACGAAUACAGCAACUAUCAACAGAUCCAGCAUCUGGGCUAUGCCGGUCACGAAAUCGCAACCGAGAGCAUCUCACAGCAGCUGGGACUCCAGGACAAGGGCUACGAGGAGUGGGUCGGCGAAAUGAUUGGCAUGCGUGAAAUUCUGCGUCACUUUGCGAAUGUGUCCGCGAACGAUGUGGUUGGCAUGCGUGCACCAUUUCUCAAGCCUGGCCGCAAUACUCAAUACAAGGUUUUGGAAGAUUUUGGCUACAUUUACGAUAGCUCCAUAACUGUGCCACCAAUUCCAGUGCCCGUCUGGCCGUACACGCUGGACUUUAAGAUCUCGCACGAGUGCAAGAGCGGCACCUGCCCAUCGCGCACCUUUCCGGGUGUGUGGGAGGUGCCAUUGAAUACCCAUUAUGUUGAGGGCUUCGAGGGCGGUCACUGCCCCUAUAUGGAUCAGUGUGUGCUCCAUAAUUUGGACGAAAACGAGGUGUUCGAAUGGCUGCAAGAGGACUUUUCGCGCUACUAUGAACAGAAUAAGGCACCCUACAUGAUGCCCUUCCAUACAAACUGGUUCCAAACCAAGCCAUUGGAAAAUGGCUUGCACAAAUUCUUAGACUGGGCGCUUGAAUUACCCGACGUCUACAUACUGACCGUCACCCAAAUGCUGCAGUAUAUGACUGAUCCCAAGGAGCUGCGCGAUGUAAGUCAAAUCGAGUCCUGGAAGUGUGACAAAAAUAUUGCCGUCGCGCCCAAGCCCUGCAACAUUUGGCAAACGUGUGCGCUGCCAUUCAAGAUACCUGAGCAAAAUCUGACAGAUACUCGCUACAUGGAGACGUGCCGCGAGUGCCCCAAUGUUUAUCCAUGGCUGGGCGAUGCCGCCGGUACGGGCAUCUCCGGGCGUGACAAUUACAUUUUCUCGAGUCCCAACAACGAGGCGCCCGAGGGGGAUGAUGCUGCCAAGAGAAAGUAGAGCGUUUUGUGAACGCCUUUGUCUACAUGUACCCUCCUAACCUUUUUCCACUCUAUUCUUUAUUUGCACUUUUCCAUGUUUUCGUUCCUUUUUUUUUUUGUUUUUGUCCUUGUCAUUUGUUCUAUGCUUUAUUUAAUUUCUUGCACAAAUGCACGUCAUGAUGAUGCAAUAAUGAGCAAUCCCUAUAUUUGCUUUUUUAUUAUUACAUUUUUUUUUUUUUUUUUUUGUGUGCUUCCUUUCAUUUCUUCUACUUUUGUAGCCGGUAAGCAAAAUUGUAUCAAAUUGUUCUUAGCUCUAAUAUAUAUAUUCUUUGUAUUAAUAAAUACACACAAAUUUUUUUA